AUGGAUCCCAGAUUAACACGACGCCGAUCACGAAGGCACAAUCUAGACUCCCCCGUGCCAACAGCCAGUGGUGAACAAGCCGACGCACGGCACGCGGCUACCGGCCAUGGAACGGAGAGUGAGCACACCAGUGCGCAAGACACAACUCCUCGCCACGAAGCGGAAGUCGAGAGCAACAAGGCACGAGACACAUCCACUGGCCACAAACCAGAGAGCGAGAGUACCAACACGCGAAGUUCAGCUGUGGAUCGUGACGCGGGCAGCGACCAGAGGAGAUCGAGCAGCGUCCAACUCGAGCAGCUCGGGACGAGUUUCUCGGAUCUGAUACGACAGGUCGAGGAGCAAGCGGCCCCGUUUCUGAUUCAGUCUAUCAGAGCACUGGUUUCGAACAGUCGCCGUACCCACGAGUUUUCGCAGUUGUAUGAGAAAAUGAUUGUGGGAGCGGACCAACCAAAACUGGAACUUCAAUUCAAGCUUGUGCAGGCUGUACAGGAGGUCAAGAAGCUCAAGGAACAGGCUGCGGUGAAGAGGGCCGAGUCGGAAGAGGUUCGAGUGAGACUUGAGGAGAAGAUAAGGGAGCACGAGGAAGCCAAGAAAGAGAUUCAGAGAAUGCAGAAAGCGCGCUCCACUAUGAUUGUGUAUAGCAUCAGGAAGUUGGGAUGCAAGCCACGGUCAUCCGCCAUGGCCGUGGAGAUGCCAGCUCCUUUAGAUCCCGAUCCAAAGCUCUACACUGUCAAACAACCUGCCGGCGUGCGACUGAACGAUCGAGCCUGGCUUCCUCCGACGCCGACGCUGCCUUUGGACGAUGACAUCCGUUGUGAAGAUCGCGUAACGCCAUUCGUGCCCGGUGUGGACCCUGCACAAGAGGUCCUAGGCUCAGAAAUCACCCCACCGGACACGCCUACAACGAGAACGACGACACAAGGCUACUUUCCAGCGAACUCAGCUACGGCUAUGGGUGCAUCGACCAAACGGACCCCUGCGCAACCGCACAGCGACGAUGAAGACGACUACGCGCCCCCAGAGCCUGCUGUGCCAAACGACAAGCCGUCUCACGAUCCCAAGUCUCCGCCGAAACACCCUCGAUGCUGGGAUGAAGUCGAACGGCCCCAGAAGCAGCAGAAGGGGACGAAAGGAUCGAAGAUCGAUUGCUACAGAACUGUUCAUCCUUAA